AUGUCCGACCCCAGACUUGUUGAUAUUGAACCCGGCGGAGAGAGCACUCAAUAUGAGUCUAUCCGCGAAUUCACUAAAACUCCACCAAAGCAGACCGGACAAUUGGGAAGCGGCGAUAAGCACACUACAAGCGAAGUGAGCCCUGGUCUAGGGAGACAUAGCCCGGCAUCCGGCAACGACGAGGAUUUCCAAGCACAGAAGCUGGGCAUGGGAGCAGUCCCUGACUCUGGUAAAGACACGAAACGUGACGAGGACGAUGCCGUGGCCAAGGCCCGUAGACAGCAGGGGUAUGGGCCUGGGUCUGGCGUUGGGGCUUAG